AUACGCAAUAGCGCUUCGACUGGGCUACGAAUAUCACCAGCAGUAGCAUCAACGAAGGUUGAAGCUACUGUUGAUACGCAAGCGGAUUACAACGAUGAUGAAAAAGAACAACGACGGCAACGAAGGCUACGAAGAAGAAGUAUCGAGAGCGGGAUAAGAAUCCUUAUUACUAAGAUCCCAUUGCCAAAUGUUACCAACGACACGAAUCAACCUGAGCCACCACUGUCACCACAACGUCAUGGAAUCGUCCAACGAUCCGUUGUUCACGCUCCAGCGGAAACGGUAUUGAAAUUGCAUAAUAAUGGAACGGAAGAAGAGUUUCGAAUUCCGUUAGAAGACAAUAACAAACCGAUUCUUUUCUACAAGUUAGUGAAUUUAAAGGACUACUAUUCAUAG